ACGAAGACGUAGUACCUCUGUAGACAAGUGCGAGCCUUAUGAAAACCAUGGCACGCUUUGUAACGUUGUUCUUCGCCACUCUGAUUGCUGUCUCACAGGCUGCCCCUCGGCCGCAGAGCGGAACCACUGAAAACCAGAAGGCGAAUAGCGGCUCUGCCUCUUCGUCCCCUGGAACAGUGUCCAACCCAGCAACAAACACCGACUCCUCGGGAGCGACAGACCCUAUAGCUAUAAUAAUUCCUCGUGAAUACGCCAACAGCUUGUUAGCUUCCGCCAUCGUCAGCGGGCUCACCGGCAGUGGUAACAGUGCCAGCAACCCACUUGCCAACAACGCACUUGCCAACAACGCACUCGCUGCCUUGAUCUCCUUCAUCCCGAACACCAUCAACGCUGAGAGGGAUCGCUUUUCGUCGGCCGUCGAAAAUCUCGUCAAGGGUAAUGUUGACCCCAUCGCCGAUUCAAUAGAGAAUGCAGCGACGACUGGUGGCAGGGUCUUGUCCAAUGGCCUUAGGGUAUUCAGCGCUUGGCCAACAUUCUUCGGGCACGUGAUAGGCUGACCGAAGAAAUUUCACAGAUCAAUUUCACCUGCCAAAGUUCAAUGUUUUACUCUCGAAUACUUCUUAAAUAAAUACAUCGUGCAAUCUAAUGUAUCUUUAACUCGUAGCCUUAAGACUGAGAGACUAAACUAAUACGCUAUCAGCAUUUGUACAUAUUAUAUAAAUAAAAUGGUUUCAAAAUA